CCACACUCCGCCGAGCCGGCGGCGGCGGCCUCACCAGCCACGCACCGUGACGCCGCACCGGCGCCGACCGGUUCCUUCCUCUGCAGUGUAACACACAACCAUGUCGGCCUCAACUGCUGCGAUACCGGCAGCAGAUACAAAUGGAAACCAUGCACUAAGUGUGGAUUCACAUUCCAGCCAAGAUGUUAGGCGGCGGACGGUUGUUGCAAAGAAGGUAGCCGCGCCCGAGGUUCUUUCUGAAGGUGGAGUUAAUGGGGUCUCGGGUGAUAAGACCGCUAGCAGGAAGGAUACUGGUCAUGCGGUCCGAGGGGAGUCAGCUGUUGACAAGCCAAAAUAUUCAUCCGAGGCAAGGAAAGCUGCAUUUCCUUCAGCAGCUACCGCUGAGCAUCGAAGGAAAAGCGCUAGUAAACAAGGAAAUGCCAAGUGGGAAACUGCCCUAAGUGUGCUUAUGAAGCUUUGCCUUCUUAUUACUGCAAUUGCUUGGAUUGGGCAGGUUCUCUGGAGAUGGCAGAAUGGAGAUUUAUCGUUUGCCACACUUGAUAUGGAAAGCAGGCUAUCCAAGGUGGAGGGGUUCAAGAAGACAACCAAGAUGCUUCAGGUACAAUUGGACAUUUUAGAUAAGAAGCUAGGAGAUGAGAUCGGCAAAGCAAAGAUGGAUAUCACAAAGCAAUUUGAAGACAAGGGCAAUAAGUUAGAGACAAAGAUGAAAGCGUUGGAAGGCAAGACUGACAUGUUGGAUAAGUCACUUAGUGAACUGAGAGACAUGGGUUUUGUCUCUAAGAAAGAAUUCGAUGAGAUUGUGAACCAGGUAAACAAAAAAGGGGGUUUAGAUGGUACUGGUACCGAGAUAACCUUGGACGAUAUAAGGUUAUUUGCCAAGGAGAUAGUGGAAAUGGAGAUAGCAAGGCAUGCAGCAGAUGGCCUUGGAAUGGUUGAUUAUGCAUUAGGAUCUGGUGGCGGUAAAGUCGUCAAGCAUUCAGAACCUUUCAAGAAAGCUAAGAGCAUUCUUCCUCGUCGUAGUGAAGCUUACAAAAUGCUGGAGCCAAGUUUUGGGCAGCCAGGAGAAUGUUUUGCACUGGAAGGAAGUAGUGGAUUUGUGGAAAUCAAGCUCAGGACAGGAAUCAUUCCUGAGGCAGUCACUAUAGAGCAUGUCGAUAAGAGUGUGGCCUAUGACCUGUCUAGUGCUCCCAAAGAUUUCCAAGUCAGCGGAUGGUACCAAGGACUAGGCGAUGAUUCAGAUAAGCAACAACCUACGGCUACAAAUUUAGGAGAGUUUACUUAUGACAUUGAGAAGAGCAAUGCCCAGACCUUCCAACUAGACAAAACCACUACUGAUGCACAGGUCAUCAACACGGUUCGGCUUGACUUCUUCUCGAACCACGGGCAGCCAGAUCUUACAUGCAUCUAUCGCUUCAGGGUGCACGGCAGCGAGCCUGGCUCUCUUGGUACCACGGCAUCGAAGGCUUGAUCUAGGUUGUAGGAACUACAUGCCUGAGGCCAUGUGGCCUUUCCCUUAAAUUUGAGUACUUCAAACCCAUGUAAUGUAUACUAGGUUAUGGUUGAUGUUAAUCUGUAGUGUAGUGGCACUAUGCUAGCUAGACGGCCUAUUUGUUCGUAUCAGGCACUUGUGGUUGCUAUUUGCGCUGCAAUUGUUAGCAAUAUUGUAAUUUAGGAUUAAAAUUCGAACUGUUGUACUGUUCACAUGUGUAUUGUGGAGUUUUAUUUGUAAUUUUCUGUGUUGUA